AAACCAAAAUUUAUUCAGACACCUUGAACAUUAAUACAGUUUAUUCACUAUAGUUUAAAAAAAUGGUAAUAAAAUAUGACAAGAUCUCAGAGUUAAACUGUGUCAGAAAAAAAAAUUAUCUUAAUUAUGUCAGAUAGCACAGCAAAACAUGGUCAGGUCAAAGUGUCUGAAUAAUUUUUGGUUCCAGAUUUUUAUCAGUUUUACAAGUAGUCCACUGUAUGAAGACUUUUUGGGUUCUGCAGAGUUUAGCUCCAACCCUCAUAAAAACUCACCUGCCUGUAGCCUGUAGUGGGAUCAUACAAAAUGCCUGUUUGUUUUUUUUAGUACUCUCCUGAAUAAGAUAUUUUACAUAAAAGUUGUUUACACAAGACUAAAAAAAAAAAGAAGAAAGAAAAACAAUUUAUAGAAAUGACCCCUUUCAAAAAUGUACAUACCAAACAUAAAACAAUGCAUUAAGAAACAGGGGGUGUAAACUUUUUAACAAGAUGAAGAUGUGUACAUUUUUUUUAUUUUUUUAAAUAUAAUAUAUUAUAUAUAAUAAAUAAUAUAUAAUUUUUAUUAUUAUUACUGUUACUAGUAUUGCUUAAAAGCCAUAAACUCGUCAGAGCAGUCAGGUCCUGCAACCUCUAUGAUUCCAGUAAUUAUUCUUAUAAAUAAAUAAAUAAAAUAUUCUGUACUUCCUUUACUGAGGUUAUUGGUUAUUGACUGGUUAUUUUCCCAGUCAUGCGGUUUAGGUUUGCUGGGGCACUCACCGCCCUACCAUCUCUGUCUUUCUCUCUCUGAGUAAUCCUCUUACAUUGAGCCACAGGAGGAGGAGCAAGUCUCUCUCUGCGUGUUCAGUCGCUCUGGGAUUUAUUCAGAGUGGAGAAAUGCUAGCAGUCAUUGUGGAAAUGCAGCAGAUUAGAGUCAUGAUGAUUUUGUCCGUAAAAGUGGAUGUAUUGAUGUGCGGAGAGUGACAGAUGUCAUGUCUUAUCUCAGGUGCUCAGAAGCGGCGCUUUUACUCUUCAUUUUUGUGGAACUCACUGCAGCCUUAAAGUGUGUAUGUCACUUGUGUGUGAACCACACUUGUGAGACGGAGGCAGAAGGAGCGUGCUGGAACUCAGUGAUGCUCAUAAAUGGGAAGGAGGAGCCAGUGAAGUCCUGCGUAUCCCCAUCACAGCUCAAGGGUGAAAUGUAUUGCCGCAGCUCCAGAAAUGUCUAUACACGCAACUGCUGCUUUACAGACUUCUGCAACAAUGAGACUCUGCACCUCAAUCCAGAGCCGCCACCUGAGGGGUCUGGUUGGAGUCAGCUGGAACUAGCAGCAGUAAUUCUUGUUCCUUUGUGCCUGGUGUGUCUGGGUGUCGUUCUGGGAAUGUGUGCCCUACAAAACCUUCGGUGCACACACAUUAAAGCCCACAAACAGGACCCAGAGGAACCCCUGGAUGACCAGACUCUGGUGUCAUCUGACAAAUGCCUGAAAGAACUCAUCUAUGACAUGAGCACCUCUGGCUCUGGCUCAGGAUUGCCCCUGUUGGUCCAGAGAACAAUUGCUCGAACCAUUGUCCUCCAGGAGAGCAUUGGGAAGGGGCGCUUCGGGGAAGUGUGGAGGGGCAAAUGGAGGGGGGAGGAUGUCGCUGUGAAGAUCUUCUCCUCGCGAGAUGAGCGCUCCUGGUUUCGUGAGGCUGAGAUUUAUCAGACUAUCAUGUUACGCCAUGAGAAUAUUUUGGGGUUUAUCGCCGCUGAUAACAAAGAUAAUGGCUCAUGGACACAGCUGUGGCUGGUGUCUGAGUAUCAUGAGCAUGGGUCUCUCUUUGAUUACCUGAACAGAUACACAGUAUCAGUGGAGGGAGUCAUAGUUCUGGCGCUGUCCAUCUCCAGCGGCAUCGCACACCUGCACAUGGAGAUAAUUGGCACUCAAGGGAAGCCCGCCAUUGCUCACAGAGACAUAAAGUCAAAGAACAUCCUGGUUAAGAAGAACGGAACUGCUGUGAUUGCUGAUCUUGGUCUGGCUGUCAAACACGACUCUAAUACCAACACCAUUGAUAUCCCCAUUAACCACAGAGUGGGCACCAAGAGGUACAUGGCUCCUGAGAUCCUGGAUGAUUCCAUAAACAUGAGCAGCUUUGAGUCAUUUAAGCGUGCUGAUAUCUACUCACUUGGCCUGGUGUUCUGGGAACUUGCUCGCAGAUGUUCUGUCCAAGGGAUUCAUGAAGAUUUCCAGUUGCCUUAUUAUGACCAGGUGCAAUCAGACCCAUCAGUGGAUGAUAUGAGGAAGGUGGUGUGUGAACAAAAACUCCGACCUAACAUUCCCAACCAGUGGCAGAGCUGUGAGGCACUGAGGGUUAUGGGUAAGAUCAUGCGGGAGUGCUGGCAUGCCAAUCCAGCUGCUCGGCUUACAGCACUACGUGUCAAGAAAACCUUAUCUCAGGUGACUGUGGUCAAGGAUGUUAAAGAAUAACCCAGCAGCCUGGUUCCCCACUUAUCUCUGUCUGUCAGUGUUAUUGGGACAUUUCAAAUGCUCAGUUGAGAUGCCAAAGAUUGCAGGAAUUUAAGAGGGAAAGACUGUCUUGUGACACCUGAGCUUUGAAAAAAAUGAAGGAAAGUGUAUUCUGUUUUGUAGUCAAUAGAUGGUGAUAGAGUACUGAUAUACUGCUACCUCAACUGAUCCUACAAGUGCCAAAUGCUUUGAGUUGCACGUUAUGCUUCGUGCCAUAAACGUUUUGCUUGGUGUAAUUUACAGUCACACUUCAAAUGUCUGUAUAUCUGUUUUCAUAAACUCAGCAAAAAAAGAAAAGUCCUCUUACUUUCAACUUCUUUUAUUUACAGCAAAUUUCUUAACGUGUAAAUAUGAACAUAAAUAUUUGUAUGAACAUAAAAACAUUCAAUACCUGAGACAUAAACUUAAGUUGCACAGAUAUCUGACGAACAGAAAUAGAAUAAUGAGUGAACAUAUGUUCCCUGAGCAAAGGGGGAGGAGGGGGCUGUAAACUGUUCGCACCACACAGUGGAAAAGAGCCAUUAGUGUCUUGAGGACUGUUCCACAGGUGCAUGUGCUAUAAUUAUUUAUGGUUCAUUAAGCAAGCAUAAAAAAUAAUUUCCAAAAAAGCUUACUUGGAUUGUACAAAAUUAUCUUUAAAAUAUAGUAUCCAGUAUAGUAUUUUUUUAAUACUAUAUAAAAUAUAGUAUUUUUUUAUUUUAUUUUAUUUUUUUUGCUGAGUUUAUAUACAGAGGACCAAAUAAAAAAAAAAAAAACAUAAUUUUUUUAAGACCAUGUGUUGACGUCAGACAGCAUAAUGUGGUCUGCAACAGGAAACUGUUUUUUUUUUUUUUAGCCCAGCUUUGUGCAGGUUGUGAUUUCCUGGCACUAUUUUUUCUACUGUUUUAAACCGCUCACAUCACUUUUGAUUGUACUGUGUACCUAUAGGAUGAUUUCCUGUAAGCCUUGUCAUUUCAGAAUGUAAAGGAAAUUGGUUGCAUUUUUGCUCAUGUGCAUAUGUCUGAAAAAAACCCUGAUCUCUGAAGAGGUUAAAAAAAAAAAAGAAAAAAAAAAAAAAGUAACUGAUCAUCCAAAGCAAUUUCACAAGACGCUUCAUAUAGAGCAGAGGUCUCCAACCUUUUAUGUAUCAUGGACCAGUUUCGGAAAGAAAAAAAAAAUCAUAAUCCAAAGCCUCUUGAACAGAUAUUUCACCUAGAGCAGGGGUCUUCAACCAGUUUUGUUUUGAAAAUAUUUUUGGGGAAACGCCCAAGCAUUGGGGGGUUUGAGGUGUGAUCAGAACAACGAUUAAUCUACUAAUUUAUCUAUCCUUCCAUUCCAUCCAUCAAUUCUCCAAUCCGCUUUAUCCUCUGCAGGGUCACAGAUGCUGGAGUAUAUCCUAGUGUCUUGGGCCACAGGCUGGGGACACUACGCUCACACACAGGCACGAACACAUUCACACAUUCAGUCACACUUACAGGCGUCUGUGUCAUGUUUAGCCUGUCUAAAAAUUGCUCUUGUCAUCAAUGUCAUCAGUUCUCAGUGGGAAAGUGGUAGCUGAAGUUGUGGCUUUCAGCAGUUGCCCUGUUUGAGUAAUCAACUCUUUUCCCACAAGCGUUUACUAAAGUUGCCAGUCAGCACCAGCAUUUUUUAUUAUAUUCAAAAAAUAUCAUGGCCCCCAGAAUGGCCCGAUUUCACUGAAAAGGCUUAAGCCUAGUCCAGACUAAAAUGCAUGUUUGUGCUGUUUUAACUGAAAGCAACUUGCACUGACAUUCUAUCUUAAAAUAUGUCAGUGCCAUUGUUUUGUCUUGAAAUGCACACCAGUAAUGUUUUUUUUCUUCUAAGGGACGUUUAUAAAAGCUACUUAAAUGUCCUAAAUUAACAAAGGCCUACUCCUGGCUUAAUCUAAGCCUUGUCUGUAAAACCAGGCCAAUGUAUCAAAAGAAAGAACAGAGCCUCUGCUUUAAAAAAAAACAAAAAACCCUACCGUAUAACAGUAUAAACAUGGAUUGCCGGAAAAACUUGUCAAUGGCAGGGAAGUGUUAUAUCAUAAAUGAUGGAAAACCAUAUUUUAGAUACAAUUCAUUGCAUUUUCAGUUAAAUGCAGCUUUCCCUUUUCCAGUAUUCUCAUCAGUAGCUGUAUCAUCAUCAUUGCUUAGACUUUUCCUACCUCCUGCAUUAAAGAAACAUUGUCCGAGCCUGUUGCAAGGGUGAAACUGAUGUUUUCUAAAUUGCGCCCACUAUGUAAAUUUGGAUAGUGGCAAUUAAAGGGUACAAUGCAAUAUAGUAUAUAUGAGCAGUCAUGCGAUAUGGCUGUAUAUCAGCACAGCCGUGAUUUGGCUGUAGGCACAAGGGCGUAGGUAAUCCCAGCGUGUUGAUAUACAGCCAUAUCGCACGGUUACUCAUGUGAUAUUGUGUUUAUACAACAGUUUGACGGCACGAGUGUGUAAAUAAAUAAGAAAUAACAGUAGAGUGUCUUUAAAAUCCUCUUUCGUGCAGAACUACUUCCUUUCGCCACAGAUUCAAGUCUCAAGUUGACAGUUUGACCAAGUCUUUGUUACUAAUUCUAAAAUGCAGUGGUGUGAGGUCCAUAUAAUCUGCGAAUGCUCUGCAUACCCAAGCUUUUCGUCAACUCGGCAAUUAAUAUAACUAUAAAUUACUAUUAAAUCCCUUGUUUGAGGUGUACCAUAAAGCCUACAUAAAAUAAAUAAAAUGUUGGUAAUGCGUAUGUAAAUGUCCAUAAUUUAUUUAUUUGUCAAAGAACGAUAAUUUUCUUUAAAUCUGCCAAUUACAGAGACUUCCGGGUAAGCUGAUCUUCAGCCGCUUUUGCGCUUUUGUUCUUUUGCUCUUUUGUUAUGGAACAUCAUCACUGUGUUCAUUAUGUUCUUGUUGGUUUGCUGGCCUAUGGGGGAUUGCAGAAUAAGCUGUGAGUGGAUCGCUCGCCCAAGAGGAAAAAUUAACUGCUGCUGCCAGGUCUCGAUCACUGAAAAUCACAUUGUAUUUGAUACAAAACUAACUAGACUAAAUCAAAUGGGGAAAAAAUCAUGACUAAAACUAUUUUCAUAGUAUUUCAUUUUUUUCCAUAGGGAAAUUUAUUUUUUAUGAAAACUUGCUAUAAAUUGUUUAAAACAGUCCUACUGUAACUAUCACAGGAUGUUAAUCGAUAGUCUGUGUAUUUGUUAAAGUCAUCAGUUUGCAUAAUUUCAACUUUUUUUUUUUUUUUUUUUUAAAGAAUACUGAUAUCUUUAUUUAUUAUAGCCUAGGCUACUUAUAUUUAUUAUAAUUACAUUUUACUUUUUUAUUUAUAAUAGGCUGCUAAUAUUAUACUUAUUUUUAAUUAUUAAUUUAAAAAGUACUUCUGAUAUACAGUGCCCUCCACAAAUAUUGGCACCCUUAGUAAAUAUGAGCAAAGGUGGCUGUGAAAAUAAAUCUGCAUUGUUUAUCCUUUUGCUCUUUCAUUCAAAAAAAUUCACAAAGUUCUAACCUUUCAUCGAAGUAAAACAAUUGAAAUUGGGGGGAAACUCACAUUAUGAAAUAAAUGUUUUUCUCCAAUACAUGUUGGCCACAAUUAUUGGCACCUCUAGAAAUUCUUAUGAGUAAAAUAUCUCUGAAGUAUAUUCCCAUUCAUAUUUACAUUUUUUAGCACACCAGGGUGACUAAGAGCAUGAAAUUGUCCAGCCAUGACUUCCUGUUCCACAGGAGUACAAAUAUGUGUAAACACAAAGGCCAAAUUCCCUUAAUCAUUCAAUGAGAAAAACCAAAGAAUAUAGUUCUGAUGUGCAGCAAAAGAUUGUUGAGCUUCACAAAAUAGAAAAUGGCUAUAAGAAAAAAGCUAACGCAUUGAAAAUCCCCAUUUCCACCAUCAGGGCAAUAAUUAAGAAGUUCCAAUCAACUAAAAAUGUUACAAAUCUGCCUGGAAGAGGACGUGUGUCUAAAUCGCCCUAAUGCACGGUGAGGAGGAAAGUUUGAGUGGCCAAAGACUCCAAAGGAUCACAGCUGGAGAAUUGCAGAGACCUGGUUCUAUGGUCAGAUGAAAUGAAAAAAAGAGCUUUUUGGAUGGGUUUGGUGCACACAUGGAUAAAAAGUACCCCAUGCCCACGGUUAAAUAUACUGCUGGAUCUUUAAUGUUGUGGGCCUAUUUUUCUGCUGGAGGUCCUGGACAUCUUGUUCAAAUACAUGGCAUCAUGGAUUCUAUCAAAUACUAACAGAUAAAAAUCAAAACCUGACUGCUUCUGCUAGAAAUCUUAUAAUGGGCCCUGAUUGGAUCUUCCAUCGGGACAAUGAUCCAAAACAAACAUCAAAACUAACAGAAAAAUGUGUCACUGAGCACAAAAUGAAGCUUCUGCCAUGGCCAUCCCAAUCCCCUGACCUGAUCCCUAAAGAAAAUGAGUGGAGUGAACUGAAGAGAAGCACCAAUAUGGAGCUGGGAAUCUGAAGGAUCUGGAGAGAUUCUGUAUGAAGGAAUGGUCUCUGAUAUCUUGUCAGGUGUUCUCCAAACUCAUCAGGCAUUUAGAAGAAGACUUAGAGCUGUUAUCUUGGGAAAAGGACGUUGCAAUAAUUGGGUGCCAAUAAUUGUGGCCAAUGUGAUCUAGAGAUAAACAUUUAUUUCAUGAUGAGCUUUCCCCCUCAUUUUCAAUUGUUUUACUUCUAUGAUAGGUUAGAAUUUUGUGAAUUUUUUGAAAGAAAGAUCAAAAGGAUAAACAAUGCAGAUUUAUUUUCAUAGCCGCCUUUGCUCAUAUUUACUAAGGGUGCCAAUAAUUGUGGAGGGCACUGUACAUUUAAAUCGAUGCCAUGGUGUUUAUUAUUUGUCGUGUUUGAUUUAGAUUUGUGUCCUAAACUGAUACGUUUAAAGGUGAAGUAUGUCGUUUCUGUGACACUAGCGCCACCUAGCGGACUUACAAAAAUACAGCAUAUUUUGCAAACGCACCUUUCGCAUCUUUCACCUGUAGUUCAUGUGUCAUGAGUAAGCACUGAGUAAACUAACACUUUCCAGAGAGAAAGCGAGCGUCUCGCUUAUUAGCUAUAAACCCAUUCAAUGUAACUGCAUCGGGCAUAUUUUUUUAACAUGACGCACCACCCAGCAAUACCCGGUUAAAAACGUCACUUUAGAACUAGUAACGAAGGAAUGUUGACUCCCUCCAUUGAAACUCAUUGUAUUUUGUACAGUAUUACUGAGAGAGAGAGAGAGAGAGAAUUUUCCAUAACAGCGCUAAAACAACGUCCUUUGUUUACAAAAGUACCUUUAAAUUUAAAAGUCUCUUGCCACUGACUGACUCAUUUACUCAUAAAGUUUGCCGCCAUCUAAAUUAAUGAUGGCAUAUUAAUGUAACUUUCACUCAAUCCAUAUUAUGCACUAACGUACCCUUUCUCAAUACCAAAUACAACAUAUUAUUUAUAUAAAAUAAUAUUUAUUGAAUAACAAUAUUUAAAUUAACAAUAGCCAUAAUAAAUGACAACAGGAAAUAAACAAAAUUGUACAAUUCAGUCAAACGUACAAAAGCAGUGCUCUACAGGAUCUAAGCUAAAUAUAGCCUUAAUAUUAAAUUAUUAAAUUGAACAUAGCCCAAUUUGAUUUGCUCAGGAACAAGUAAUAGAUUAAUAAGACCAAAGAUUGCCCGUUUUAUGUACCCAAAAUGAAUUAAGAGACAGUGGCAAAUCCCCAAAGCACUGGCCAAGAUGAAGCUGUUUUCGGCGGGUACAUAAGCACUCAAUGGCCGCUGACGGCCUGGAGCUCACAUUUCCAAAAAAGUGUAAAAAAAUUGUAAAAUAUUAAAUAUGAGUCACAUAUUUCAGGUCUAAACAACCACAUUCUCGCCUAAAAAACUCUUAAAACUACAUUCCGUUACAAAAUAACAGUAGUAUCUAUAAAAAUAUGGUGGGUUUGCUCAUCCGCCAUGACACACGCUGUGAGAAUGCUGAAAGCGGAGUGAUUCAAACGGUGAAACGGUUCCCGUGACGAUACUGGUAGAAAGAACUGUUGUAUAACUAAUAUUAUAUAUAUAUAUAUAUAUAUAUUAGUAUUGGUUGGGCCUGAUACUGCGCUCUUGUACUUAUACUCAUUAAAUUGCUCUGAUACCAACAGCCGAUACAAGCAGUGUGUACAGUAUAUGCUUGUGUCAACAGAGUAAACAUAGAGCACAAUGGAGAUAUUAGAGAAGGACGUCUAUGAAGUAAAUGUAUCUAAUUAAUAAAAUAUUAAACAAAUUAAAUAUUCACGCUAUAGCUGCUGUGUGCGAGCUGAUAAGCAAAACACGCAGAGUGGAUUGAAUGUGUAGCGGCACAGACGCCCAAGCUUGUCUGUUGCAUCUUUUUUUUUUUUUUUUUUUUAUACAGACAUCGCUGGAAAGUUUGUAGUUCGGUCAGAUAUGGCAAUAGCAAAGACAGUAAAACGAGGAGCAUAUUACUAACGUUAACUUACGGUAAAGACAGAGAGAGCGAGAGAGAACUUUUGUUGCAUGCUCUUGAUUUCUGAUCAUUCAUUUAGCACACAUGCAUCAUUUGGAUUAAAAAUAAGUCUUAUGUACAAGUAAAAACAUGAACUGUUACGUAUUUUAUGUAUAACAAGUGGUUCCCUACAUUACUACAGGAAGGCAGUACAGUAAUCACAUGACGUUUGCAAGAACUUUUCUGUGUGCAAACAUCGAAUAGCCUAUUAAAUCGAGUUCUCUUUCAUGUCUUCUUGCGCUUGAAUAGACAAAUUCACACAAAAUUGUCAAAAUGUCUAUCCUUGAGAAACAUAUCCAUAGCAAUAAAAAAAAAAAUACAAUAACAAAAUAUUGGACUACAAUAAAAAAUGCAGCAAAUUAGGCUAUUCUACGGUUGGUUGCGCAAUCAACUUUCGUGACUGGUUCCUUAGAAGAUUUUGGCCGAAACUCUGAACAAUAACCGUUACUUUAAUAGAUGUGGAAACAGAUUUUGAUAUGGAUAAAACUUAUCUGAAAUUAUCCAGGUUUAAUCAGAUUUAAUGUAAAUUAAUGUAAAUCUGUCUAAUAAUGAUGUCUAGGCUGAAAAUAUUAUUAGCCUUUUUCCAUUUUGAUACAUUACUAUCCAAAUUAUUUUGAUUUUUAUGAGUGUCUUGAUACUCAAGAAAAUUGUUUGCAGAAAACAUGAAAUGCUAUUAUAGAUUAUAUAAUAUUUUCUAUUUACAUACAUCUGAAAGGUCAAUAAAAAAUUAAAAAAGAAAGAAAAAGAAAAAAGAAUCGAAAUAAUAAUAAAAUUUCCCAACUAGAGUCACCCCCAGUGAAUCUCUGUCAUUUCCAGCCCAGCCUAUAUAUAUAUAUAUAUAUAUAUAUAUAUAUAUAUAUUAUUAUUUUUUUUUUUUUUUAACUUUCCCAGAUUGUUCCACAGCCUGUUAAUGGGUCGCAACCUCAGGGUUGGGGACCUCUGAUCUAGAGGACUUCCAAAUGCCAUUGUGAAAUAUAUGACUGUGAAGGAAGUUUUAUUAACAUUAUAUUUUGUAAUGUUAGUAUUCAAGUAGAAAUUGCACUCUGUUGCACUAUGUAAAGGCUGCUGAAGAAUAGUAAUCAGCACUCAACAGACUUGAAAAUACAGAAACGGAAGAGCCCAGCACAUCUGAAACCAAACAUAAAAUGUGUAAAUAAAAAGUAUAGUGGAGCAUUGUCAUUUCUUAAAAUGUAUAACUGCAUAACUUACUUGUCUGUUAUAUUUUGUGCUUUAAGUCUGUGUGGUUAAACACUCAGUGUCUUUGUGGUGAUGUGAGGCUGUUUAGCAGGGAUUUCUCUGUGACCUAUGGUAUAUUAGCUGUGACUCUGAGUCUCUCUCUCUCUCUCUCUCUCUCUCUCUCUCUCUCUCUCUCUGUGUGUGUGUGUGUGUGUGUGUGUCUGUUUGAUAAAUAUGCCUUGUGAGGAUUUUUUGCUAUAGAGUUCUAUUUUUUGUACAGCUGUAAUCUGGAACUUGUCUGUAAAUUAUAUCACUUCUAAUGUCUGAUUUGUGUUAAAAUUGCCUGACAACGCUUAUUCCUAUAGGGUUUUUCCAUACUCAAUGAAGUAUAAUGCAUAAGAUGCAUUUUAUAUUUUAAUCUAAACUUUAUAUAAUUAUAUCAUUAGACAGUUGCUGACUGCUUGGCAUAAAUAUCCAUAUUCAAUUAUGUUUAUUUAAUCUCUACCAAAGAGAAAGGGUUUAAUUAAUUUUGCCUGUUGAAGACAGGUCCUGUUUUAUCUUGCUUCAAUCAUUUGCAGAAGCAUAAAAUGCUUAAAUAUGGAUUAGACAAGAUGUCUGGGGCAGCCAAAUCCUUAAAAUUUAGGGAAAACUGCACCAUUACUGGCCUGAUGCUGUUGAGAAAUGUUGAAGUUCAACAGGUGGGUAUUCAAUCUGAGAUCCUAACAGAUGUCAACAUUUCAAACUUUACAAACAGGAGCCUAUGCCACCUGUAAAGGUGUCUGAUGUUUUGAGACAGCAGAGAUGUGUAUAUUGAAAAGGGGAGAAUUGAUUACAUAAUAUGUCUACUGACAUGUAUUUUUGUGAGUUGUAUUGUUUUGUCUGUAUUAGAGUAUUUCAUUUUCUGAAAUGUAAACCAUAGAACAAUAAACUAUUUUUCAUGAUU